CUCCUCACAGACAAGUGGCUUCCAGACGCUUGCGGGCCACCAAGUGAAGGGUAACCAAGAGCCAUGCGCUUACGGCAUCUUCCUUUCAGGGGCCAGAGCCAAAGAGAUUGUGAUUCCAAAACUCAGUGCAUCCAUCUCUGAUAAAGCACCUCAGAAUGUUUUCUGAAGUGAAGCUAGCAUGCACAGGGCAUGGUUUAAACACAGUAAAGUCGGGUCCAGUAGAAGAGGUCUGGGGGUUCGGGGGAUUUUUUUGUUUUGUUUUGGUGGAAGUUCUGGGCCAGGGAUCAAGCCUGCACUACAGCAGUGACCAAAGCUGCUGCAGUGACAGUGCUGGAUCCUUAACCUGCUGAGCCCCAAGGUUGGGGGGGCGGGUUCUGUUGUAAAGAGCAUUUGUUUCAGUGUUUCAAUUUUUUAAAAACCUAUUAACCAUUGUUUUUGUUUACACUUUAAUAAAUGAAUAUUCUCAGGUGCUUUAAAAUAUAUGAAAAUCUGUCACAGAAGCCUAUUCCUUGUUAUACUGGUGAUGGUUUGACCUUGGUUGUCUUGUUAAUCAUGCAGUUUAGGCUUAGGAGUAUAUUACCUGAUUUAAGGUAGAAUACCUGGUUCUUACCUAUUUUAUGAAUAAUGUAUUUUUAAGCCAAAUAUUGUCAAGCACUAGGACCAGUCAGAAGGUAGGUUUUUAAAAAUGACAUCAGUGCUUUAAAUCCAGUUCAUGCUGCAAUGUCAGAAGUGCCACAAUAUGUAUUUUCCAUUGCUUUGUUACCUUUCUCAAGUGUAGUUCACCCAGUUCUCCUAUUUUGUGAUAUUUGUUAUACAUUGGCCAUAUAUUUUCCCAACUGGCCACAAAGAGUUACUGGGUGUUUGGCUACUUCUCUUCUGGUGAAGCAGAAAUUCAGUCAACACUGGUGGCAUUUAUUAAGGAGAUAAAUAGAUGCAGUAUCUUAGAAAUAGAGCAACUAGUCAUGCCAGCAUACAUUUUUUUCAGUAUGUGUGUAUAUAGUAAAGUAAUGGUGUGUACCUUUAGUUAAGAGUGAUAGAAUUUAUUUCCUGUAUCUAUAAAUUGUCAAGAUAGCUUCAGGAUUUCAGUUUGAAAAAAAACUAAGCACUCCUACUCAGAAAAAAAUUAAUAAGUCGUCUUGCAAAUGUUGGAAAAGACUCCAAGGUGAUAUUCUAUGAAAGCUUUCAGAAUACUUUAUGUUUUAAUCUUUAAGACAUUUAUGUCUUAAUAUAACUUACAAUUUAAAACUAAUUCCUUCUGCUACUCUCUGAUUUCUAAGAUAGAAUUGCUGGUACUAGAAAAAUUAGUAAUAUCUCCAAUCUAAAAAUAAUUUUAAAUUUAACAUCUUUCCAUAUAAGAAUCUGAAAUAAUAGUAUAAAAUAAAUUCAAAAAUUUAUAUCCACAUUGCUACUUUUAUUGUAGCAAAUAUUUAUUGUGUCCCUACCAUGUGCACUACUGUAAUGGCUACAGUCACAACAGUGUUUAAGAAAAGCAAUGUCAUGGACAUCAAGGAUCUUAGAUUUCUUUUUGUAAAAGACCAUUCUGGAUUUCAUCUUAUGUAAUGACUGCUAGAGUAUAAGAAAUUAAGCAUGAUGGUCUUUUUAAUAAAUAUAAAAAGUUUAUAAGCAACAUGGAAAUCUAAAUAAGUUUCAGUUCUUAAAUACAUGAGAUGAAGAUUAGUUGAAAAUUAGUUGUCUUUUAAUGAAAAUUUAAUGUAUUUAAAUUGUUAUUUGAUUUCAUAGAAUUUCAAAGGUAGAUUUUAGAAACAGAAGCAGUCCUUUUAGAGACUCUUCUUAACACAUAAUUCUGAACGUACCUUUUACUUUUUUAUUAUGACUUAUAAAUAAGUUCCACGUUUGACAAAAAAGAAAUACAUUUUAAAUGGCUUAAUAGAAUGAUUUUUUGCCAUUGGGAACAGAAUAUUUUUUAUAAUGAUUUAUUAAAAUAAGUAAAUAAAAAGUGCCCAUAAAAAUGAGAGAGAAAUUACCGCAUCAGCUGAUGCUAAAUUCAUAGGUAACCAUGGCAACCACUGGGGAACACUUAACAUUUGCAUUUCACCUCUUAUUAGCUUUAUUUACUCAUUCAGAAGCUUCAGCCAGUUUGCAGAUGAAGUGAACAUGGGAUCAGAUUUUGAGACAGUAAAUGUUCAUAAGAAGUAGAUCAUCAGGUGACUUUUGCCUUAGGUCGCUGGUAGCUAAAGCAAUAUUCUAAAAUCAGUGACAGUUUAUGUAAUCUGUCUUUGGAUGUCCUGUAUCAAGGCAUAUUUGAUUAUUUUUAAAAUAGCAUAGUUAUACAAAAAGUAAAUUUUUGCUAAAGAGGGCUCUCUAGUAAGUGGGAAAGCAUUGAAUUGCUGCCUUCUUUCUCCUAGUGAAUGUGUGCACACAGACACCCACAGACACAUACACACUUUUUAAUGUAGCAUUUCUCUAUAAUUUAAUUUUAACGGUUAGAAUUCUUGAUGUCAGAGUUCCCUCCUGGCUCAGUGGGUUAAGGAUCUGAUGUUGUCUCUUCUGUGGCUCUGGUUACAGUUGUAGCACAAGUUCAAUCCCUGGCCCUGGAACUUUGAUGUCAUCUCAAGUGGUAUCUUAGAUUUAUUCGGAAUUAACAUGGAAGCAUGUUUAUCUAGAUCUAGAAAUUUUCCCAGAAGUUGUAAGACUAUUUUAAGCAAUGAUGAGAAAAACAUACUUAAAUUUGUAACCCCAGGGAAUGUUUUUUGACUUUAAAAUUCUAGCGAAAAUUCAAAGAUUUUUUACUAAAAACAUUGAAAUGUCUAAGAAUCAUCAUUCUGAUAACAAUAAAAUUUAUUUCUAAAUGGUGUUAUUUUAACAUGUAAAAGUAACUUUUAUGAAUCUGUAUAUAUGAAGCCUGUUACCAGUCUUAAUAAAACUGAGAUCUACUUGUGGCUUCAAAUUAACGUUGAAAAAAAUACAUUUUAAUAGGCCCCUGAAGCAUCAAGUUUCUGAGUUUGGUUCUCACAAUUGAAUCAAUCAUCCUUAAAUGUGAAGGGCAAAUAUAAAUUACUACUAUUAUCAUUUAAUUAAACUUUUUGGUAAAUGUUUUUUCAAGAAACCAGAAUAUAUUCUUUUCAAGUUUUUAGAAAACCUUUGAUAGCGACCAUUCUAAUAAAUGUAAGAUGAUGGAAUAUUUUUUUAUUUGGUACUUUUUGAGAUAUAUUUUAAUACUACAUUAGCUUGAAGUUACUGACUCCAGUGUUUUGAUUGAGAAUGUUAUUGCAUCAAUGUACAUGAUAUUUUUUUAAGGAUGCAGUUUGUUGAUAUGAGUUAAAUGAAUGUGGAAACUCUUUGAUAAAAUAACCCUAUUUUCCAGGACUUCAUUAGAGUAAGUAAAGUAUCCUACUGUGCUAAAAAUUAAUUCCUGAAUUAUUCUGCUAAUCUAGCUCUAGUUUCUUUUGCAAAUAACCAAAUUUCUAUCAUUUCCCACACUUGUCAUUUGGAAGCAGCUCCUUGCCUAUAUGAAUGCUUAACCAAAAGUAUCAGGUGGUUUCCUUUUAUUCAAAGUAGGUGAAUCUUCUUUCUCCAUUGAAAAUAUUUCUGGAAUAAAGAAAUUACCCACUUUUUCACUCCCAGAAUUCAUGAUACUUGCCAUGUAGAAUCAGAGUUAAUGUAGAACCACUUAUAAAUUCAGUGCAUUAGUAAUCAUUUUCAUUUGCUUCAUGGCAUCCUCUAAUAUGGUUUUCAAAAAUGUCCUUUGUUUGAAUAAAUGAGAUGUACCCAUAUACUGAAAUACUUAAUUUAAUGUCUAUAGUUAUAUGUAUAAAUAUCAGUAAUAAAAGGAAGGUUUACUGCAUCUUAGCUGCAUGCCUCCAUCUUCACGGCAUGUGAACAUUUCUUAUUUAGGUGGGUUCUAUUUAAACAUAAUUUUUUCUUCCCCAGCAUAGGAGGAAACAAAAUGAUGGAGAUUUACAUUUCACAUUAAGCCAUCUGGGUGGUCAGCCAGAAUAGAUACUUAAGAUAAUUAUGUGGUAGAACUAUGCAUUUACCCCAAAGCAGAAUGUAUUAUGUUUUCAUUUUAUUAGCAUAUUAAUUUUGUUUUAAUAGAGUUGUAAUAUCUUUAAAAAAGGUGUACUUGCCAGUGUCUUCAGAGAAUUUCUCUAACUAAAUUUAGUUAUUGAUGAGGAAAGAAAAAGAACACAGAGAUUCUAACAAUUGCCUUUAUUUCUUUGUUUUCAUUAGUACAUUUAUGAAUCUUCACACGUCAUCGAAUAGAGAAUAAUCAUUGAAAAUGGAACUUCAAGAAAAUUAGAUUUAAAAAGGAGAACCCCCACUUUUCUGAUUAUUACUCUUGCUCCUGUUUAAUAAUACGAUAAUUGUGGCCAUUCCUUCCAUUUGAAUGUCCCUUUCUGCCCUAUAAACCAGGAAGCAUGAGCCCAAGAUGAUAAGACUUUGAUCUUGUUGUGAAGUAAAGAAAAACUCAAAAUUUCUGAUUCUUACACAUCUAAACCAAAGAAAUAUUCUUUGCAAAUAAUAAAAUAAUGAUACAAAAUUUUGAAUAGAACAAAAUGCAUGUUAAAACCCAAAGUAACUAACACAUGAUGGAAACAGUGUAACUGCUAUGUUUGUUCUUAUGAAGGGGCCCCUCCAAAGAACAGCGGUCUCUUAAGGUCUUUGGAUGGCAGGGUGGGUAGAGACACUUGGGGCAUGGGACAUGAACAUGGUGCCCUCCCCAACUGAUUAAGGCCUGUAAGCCCUUGGAUAAGUCACUUAACCUUCCUGUGACUCAUUUUCCUCAUCUGUAGAUAUAGAUAGUUGUGAAUGGACUAGCUGAACUCUCGGGUCCCUCAAGACUUUAGAAUUGAGCCCAUGCUGCCCUGUUGCACCCUGAUGAACAUGCCAUGGCUCAGUGGUGAUGACUGACACUUGGUCAUGCAGAAGGCAGUAACCAGAGGCCACUGCUUAUUUAUGGUAUUUAAUGUUUUACAGAAGACCAGAAAACAAUGCCAAGUUUUACAUCUACAUUGAUUUGAUUUAAUGUAAGCUGAAUCAUCUACCUAGUUAAGGUUUCCCUUGGCUAUAACUUUUUAUAGACUCUCAAAUUCCAGUAGAACACUCAAAAUAUUACUUUUUAAACCAUCUAUUCAACAAAUAUUUAUUGAAAAGCUACUAUGUGCUGUGUAUUGAUGUUACAGUGAUAACCCAAAGGGACACAGUCCCUGGCCCUGAGGAACUUAGGACAGAGUAAUGUAAAGAACAAGGCAGUUCUUUUCACUGUGAUCUGAUUUAUGAUUUACAUGAUCAGUAGCUUCAGGACUAUAGUACAUGAAUAUAAAUUGAUAUUUAUAUUCAUUGAUAUUUAUAUUCUCCUAUUUACAUAUCACAAGAUUCCAUUCCAGGGAACAUCUGUGUUUAAAACAUACAAUAUACUCAUAGCUAUGACUUGGGAUUUGGGGUAGAAAAGGGUAAAUUUUUCUAUUUUCUUCUCUAUCCUUGCUUUACAUUGAAUUAUUACAAUCAAGUGUAUAGCAGUUUAACUCAACAUGAAGAUUCUUUCAGGUGGUUAGAAGAAUUAUAAAGACAUAUCCUUUGUAGAAAUCUUUAGAAGAAUCUUCAAUAAAGUAAGUCUGAAUGGCAUUUAAAGAGAAAAAAAAAAGGACAAUCCUAAACAAGAGGUUUGAAAACUAAAACAGAAACAAAAGUUAGAUGCAUGAACCUCUGCAUGAAUAUUUGUCAUCCAGUUAUGGGGUAUUGAUUCUGAGUUUGAUACUUUUGUGGAUGAAUAAGAGACUGUACUGUCAAGAAACAAAUAUACAUUAUUAUUUUAAAUAAUACUUUCAUAGCAUUUUUCUCUUCCUAUUGUAAGUAAUGCUAAAACUACUACAAAUCCUUGUUCUAUGUAAUACUAGAAAACUAAAAGUACAACAAUACAAAUACUAAGUAAUAUUGAAAUAUUUACACUUAGCAAAUCUGCGAGGUGAUAAUAUUAUUCUUGCCACUUCGCAGGUGGAAAAAACUGAGGCACAGAGAGGUUGAGUAUCUCAACUAGAAUCAUCCAGCUAGUCAGAAACAGAGUGGAGACUAAACCCAGUUUAGCUCCGGAGUCUGUGCUUUGUAUGUCAUUUAUGCCACAGAUGCAAGACAUGCACUGAUAAUUGAGAUGAGCGACCCCAGUGUACCUCAUGGUUUGACAUGUGAGGAUAAUGUGAGUUAGAGCAAAUCACUUAACCCUUCCAUGCCUUAACAUUCUUAUUCUUAGAAACGAUGGAAGGGUAGUACCUUCUCAAUGGAUGAACUUAGAUAGGUUUUUGGUAAAUGUUAGAUACUCUUAGUAUCACCGACUAUGGUGAUAACCAUUCUAGGAAUUAAUAGGAAUCCAUUAAGUUUUAGGGGUGAAAAGAGGAAGAGUUGAAAGUUUUAGAGAAGAAGCAAAAUCUGAGUUGGAUCUAGACAGACGAAUAGAAAUUACUAGGGAAAGGAGAAAAGCAGAGAGGGUCUAAAGGAUGCCUGUGAUGACGCUUUUGUUGUCCGGAGGUAGAAAGUUGAUACCUCCCAACUACCCAUCCCUUGCCCUCCAUCCUCAAACUCUUGUCAUCCAACUCUCCCCUCUCAGUGCUUUUCUUCUGAUCCACUUACUAUCACCUGAACAUUGCAGAGCAUCGUUCUUAAAACUGCAGUCUGCACCUGUGCCAAAACCCCCUCCCACCCCUGUUUCUAAGCGUCCUUGCCCUUGUUUACUUUUCUUGUGGUGGUCGUUAGCAUCGAUCCUCUUCAAACAUGUUCUACACUUUCUGUGUUGGGGAGUUUGGGGUUACUUUGUUUUUGCUUAUUGUUUGUUUCCUAUUGAUAAAAUGUAAAUUCUUUGAAGGCAGACAUUUCAUCUGUUUUGUCCACAGGCAUAUUCCAAGCAGCUAGAACAACACCUGGCAUGUAUAUAUGCCCAUCAGAUAUUUGUUAAAUGAAUAAGUGAAUGAGUAAAAACCCUUAGUGAAAGUGAGUUUCAUAAAUUGGCCUGAAACUGUGUGUCCUCACUCAGCUCUUGCUCUUUUAAAGUGGGGGACAAGGGACGCAAACUCUCUCAACCCCUGGGCACUCUUGGGGACAAGCAUAAAUUUUCCCAAGUGAUAUAUGACUUUGUUAAUUUAAUUUUUCUUUUAUAUUGCAGUAGAGUUGACUUGCAAUGCAUUGUUAGUUUCAGGUGUACAGCACAGUGAUUCAGUUACAUGAGUUUGGGAUUAACAUAUACACACACACACAUAUAUAUACCCACAUAUAUAUGUGUAUAUAUAUAUGGGCUUUUUUAAUGAGUGAGUUUCUUCAGACACUACUAUAUAUAAAAUAGAUAACCAACAAGGACCUACUGUAUAACACAGGGAACUAUGCUCAAUGUUCCGUAAUAGCCUAGAUGGUAAAAGAAUCUGAAAAAGAAUGGAUGUGUAACCUUUUAUUUUGAGCUCAGGUCCCUGGGCCUGCAGACCUUCCUACUCUAUCUCUCCCUCCUCCCUAUAGCACCUCCUGCUCUGUACACAUCUCCUUCCCUUUUCUUCAGGAAUGAGCCUCUCCUACUAGCAACCAGCCCCAAUGGAUUGCAGUCAUGUGCUAAGUCCUUCUCUGCUCUUCUGCACCCUAGCCACACAAAGCAGAGAGGAACUGUCACUUAGUUUCCAAGCAAGAGCCUCUGUGCCUCUAAGCCUGUGCCAGGUGUCAGGCUCUCUCCCUCUUGUGAACAGAGAUACACCCAGAAGGGGCAUGUCAGAGUCAACUCUACACCCUCUUUACUGAAUGGUGUAUGACUGCAGCUUAGGAGCCAGGCUUACAUUCUAACCCCAGCUUGUCCAUCUGCUGUGUGGCUGUGCCCUGAGUCUGUUUCCUCAUCUGUGAAGGGAAGAGAACACCUUCUUAAAAGAUGGCUAAGAUGCAUAACUAAGGCAUUGCCUGCCCCAGUGCCUGGCACAGUUUUCUCAAAGAAUAUCCUGUUUUCCAACUAGUCAAGGGAAGUGCUUAGUGAGAGAUGCCCCUCCUCUGUCACCUCCUUAGAAGUGAGAUGUCAGCGUUAACCAAAGGCUGAAAAUCACAAAGCUAGAACUCAAGACUCAAAACCCAAACUGUGAAUUGGAGCGUGAAAUCGUGGGAGACUAGUUUGGGGCAGUAGUGAUAGAGGUUGGAAGAGAUGAGGGUCCCCAGAGGUGCACACGCCCGUGACGGAGGGCUUGGUACUUUGAUGUGCAUUCCUGUGCAAGCAGGACUAAAUGUGUCCUGGACACUCAGAAUGUCUGGCAUUAAUAAGUAAAAAGAGUAAAGAUAAGAUACUAGAUCUUAAAAGUUCUCAUCACAGGUAAAGAACAUUUCUAACUAGUGUGGUGAUGGAUAACUAGGCUUAUUGUGGUCAUUGUUUUGCUGUAUAUACAGAUAUUGAACCAUUAUGUUGCACACCUGAAACUAAUGUGUUAUAUGCAAAUAACAUCUCCAAAAGAAGACAGGUUUCUUCUUGACAUUGUUGGAAGGAAGGGAUGUCAGAAAAGAAAAAUAAAGAUAAAUGGUAGAUAAAUUAUCAAGAUAAAAUACAUGUUUCUAUGGUUUCUCUGGGCUUUUUUAGUAAGUGAGUUUCUUGACCCCAGUAUUUUAUAUUUAUUUUAUGUAUAUUAUAGUCUAGACACAUUUUAGGUUAAGUAGACAUAUGUAAGAAGCCUUGGGGAAGUAAACUCUAUGUAUAAACAUUAUUUCUAUGGGAAAAUGCAUUUUGGGUUUCAAAUGUUCAAUGUACAUUCAUAUUUUUAGAACAGAGUAAAUUAGAAACUUUAUUAGUUCUUUGAUUUGUUAUGUAUGAUGAGCUUUUGAAAAUGCUGCAUGAUUGCAGAAGUAUCUUUAUGAUGAUUUUUAAAACAAUUUGAAUAGUUGAAUUUUAAAUAUUUUUUUAUGUCGAACACAUUUCACUGUAGCCUUUUUUCCUCUUCUCUUCAUAACUUUUGGGGGAGAAAAAAACAAAGGAAAGCAUCUUUGUAGCACCAGGUUUCAGCCUGUCCAAGUAGAGGGCACUUUGCCCAUGUGUGGUCUUUCAGCACCUAAACCAUGACUGUCACCAUGUUUAUCAUCACUGCGUUUCACCAUUGAGUUCGUUGGUCCCUCGGGAUGGGCACAGUUGCCAGCAGGAGUCCCCAUGAAAUCACGACCAUAGGCUUACUUGCCUAGAUUGAAGGGACAUCAGACUCUUGUGCCUCCUGUUGGGAACCUUGUGUCCUCCACACAGCACCGAUUCCGACUUUUAUUUUUCUUUUAUUUUAGAAUGUAUGGACUGACAAAACCAUGUAGAUAAAAUAGUUGCCAUUUUUCAUGUCUCUUGCUUUUAUCAUUGUAUGAGAUUACCCUAGCUUGAUUUAUCAUAUAUUUUGUAUUUCUUUAACAUUUCAUUCCACAGGCACUCCAGAAAGUCUGAAAGAUCUAGCAUCCAAAAACAAACUAGGAAAGGCACUGCCGCUGAUGCAGAAAGGAUGCACCGACAAGGAAGUCCCACCCAGUCUCCUCCUGCAGACUCAGCCUUCAGCAGCCGCAGGGGAAGACAGCUCCCACAAGUGCCAGUGAGAAGCAGCAGUAUAGAACAAGCAAGCUUAGUAGUGGAGGAGCGUACAAGACAGAUGAAAAUGAAAGUGCAUCGACUUAAGCAGACAGCAGGGUCUGGGUCUAGUCAAGAACUUGAUCGCGAGCAAUAUUCCAAGUAUAACAUACAUAAAGAUCAGUACAGAAGCUGUGAUAACGUCUCUGCCAAAUCAUCUGAUAGUGAUGUCAGUGACGUGUCCGCCAUCUCCCGCACCAGCAGUGCCUCCCGCCUCAGCAGCACAAGCUUCCUGUCGGAGCAGUCUGAGCGCCCCCGGGGCAGAAUUAGUUCAUUUACCCCUAAAAUGCAAGGCAGACGGAUGGGGACUUCAGGAAGGGCCAUCAUCAAGAGCACAAGUGUCAGUGGAGAGAUGUACACUCUGGAGCAUAAUGACGGCAGUCAGUCGGACACAGCUGUGGGUACAGUUGGAGCAGGUGGAAAGAAGAGAAGGUCCAGCCUGAGUGCCAAAGUGGUUGCCAUAGUGUCUCGAAGGAGCCGAAGCACAUCCCAGCUGAGCCAAACAGAGUCAGGCCACAAGAAGUUGAAAAGCACCAUACAGAGAAGCACAGAAACAGGAAUGGCAGCAGAGAUGAGAAAGAUGGUACGGCAGCCCAGUCGGGAGUCGACAGAUGGCAGCAUUAACAGCUACAGCUCCGAGGGAAACUUAAUAUUUCCUGGAGUGCGACUAGGAGCGGAUAGUCAAUUUAGUGAUUUUCUUGAUGGAUUGGGACCAGCCCAGCUUGUUGGCCGCCAAACCCUCGCCACCCCUGCAAUGGGUGAUAUACAAAUUGGAAUGGAGGAUAAAAAGGGCCAGUUAGAAGUUGAAGUUAUUAGAGCACGAAGCCUCACUCAAAAACCUGGCUCCAAAUCUACGCCAGCUCCAUAUGUCAAAGUGUAUCUUUUGGAGAAUGGGGCCUGCAUAGCCAAGAAGAAGACAAGAAUUGCACGAAAGACCCUUGAUCCCUUGUAUCAACAGUCCCUGGUUUUUGAUGAAAGUCCACAGGGUAAAGUCCUUCAGGUGAUUGUCUGGGGGGACUACGGCAGGAUGGACCAUAAAUGCUUUAUGGGUGUGGCUCAGAUCUUGUUGGAGGAACUCGAUCUUUCCAGCAUGGUCAUCGGCUGGUACAAGCUGUUCCCACCAUCAUCGCUGGUGGACCCCACACUCACCCCUCUGACCCGCCGGGCUUCCCAAUCAUCUCUGGAAAGUUCAACGGGUCCCCCCUGCAUCCGAUCCUAAUGAACUUACACAAGAGUCGUUCCAGUCAGACUCUACCUUUCAGGAUAAAAAUCUGAACCAGAUAUUUCAUAAUCAAAAGCAUUAUUGGAGACAGACAAUCAACUUGUGUUUUUGCCUGUAGUUGUUUUUCAACAAUCUGUCCCAAUCGUUGUUUAAAACCUGGCUUCACAUGACAGAACAAGGCAGUCUAUCCAAUUACAGGAAGAGUCAACGUGCUAGUGAGAAUCACUGAUGCUUCUAAACAAAUAGAAAGAGAGGAAACUUCAAAUUCACACACACACACACACAUACACAAACCCCAAAAGGAACAAACUGGAAACUCUCACUCUGUGAAAAGUUGUGUUUUACAUGUUUCUGCACAAACCACAAGCAGUGUUAUUUCCCUGGUGUUUGAGAAAUUUUGUUUAUUUGUGUGUUAUUUGUUGAUUUCGGUUUCUUGAUUUGUUUUGUUUUUCACUGUAUUUGUUUUUUCCACUAGUUUUCAGCUGUGUCAUGACAGGCCUCAUGCUGUUUACAGAGACCCUUCCUUUCUUUUUCCAAAAGCAUCAAAAAAAAAAAAAAAAAAGGGCUGAAGCUGUCUCUGUAGCGUUUCUCCAAAGUGUGCACAAGACAAAUGAGGCCAUGCAGGGUUUCACCCACUUCCAUUUUUUAAAUUCUUCACAGACUUGUGUGUUGAAACCCAGAAAACAAAAAAUUAUUUUCCAAAAAACAGGUAAUCACAGAAGCCCUUUUUUGAAAGAAGAGCAUAUCUCUGUUUGCAUUCUAGAACACUGAUUUAUGUCUUCCAUUGUUUUGCAUGGAAGACUUUUACAGAGCUCAGUCUAUAGCUAGUGCUGGAAACAAAAACUAACCACAUCCUUGUACCUUGGAAACACUACUUAUAAUGCCUUUUUCUUCCUGACAUCCAAAAAAAAAAAAA